AUGUGGCCUAGCCACAUGUCCGACGCUGUCUGCCUUCAGCCUCCCGGUCGGAUCUGUUUCGGCUAUGAUGGCCGCCGAAUGCGUUAUUUACAGCAACAAGGACAGCGCAUCGGCUGCAUCCACCGAGAUCCGGUCCUGUUUGCUGGUGUGCAAGAGUUUGGCCCGAGUCAAAGUGGCCCAAUGAAUGGUUGUUUUGUGUGGAAUUUAGGAAAAUCAGUGCUAUUUCUUUUCGGCACCGACGACCUGCUUAUAAAGUCAGGCCCAAAUUUUGGCUGUCCAAGCAACCCAAUUCCGCCCACCAUCGUCUCAACUGAGGCCAUCCGCCGCCGUCUUGUCCGCAAGGGCGAGCGUGUGGAACUGGUCUGCAAGAUGGCGGGCUAUCCCGAUCCCGUGCUCACGUGGCGUUGGAACAGCCGACCGCUGAUUGGGCAGACCGAGGGAGGCCACGGAGGAACCAUCGGCGGUUAUGGGGAUCGGAUGCUACUGGAGUCGCUAAGGAAACAGGGCAUUGAUGUACACGUCGGGGGAGCCGGCGAAAAGGUGGACUUGACGAUCCUCGAGAUGUCCGAAAACUGGCAGGGAAAGUGGGUGAAACUGCCUAAAUUCAUAUUUCAUACUCUCCCUUACAUGCUUGUCUGUCCGAAGAAAUAUGAGUAA